CCGCGUUCUGCCGGGGCCGCCGCUGAUCCCGGAGCGCUCCGGGAGCGGCUCGGGCCCCCCGGAACCGCCCCGGAACCGCCCCGGAUUCCUCCGGAGCAGCCGCGGCCCCACCUCCGGACUCUCCUGCGGCUCGGCUCGGUCCGGCCCGGGCCGCUCCCUCCCCGCCGCGGCGCUCGGCGGGGCCGGCCGGGGAUGCCGCGGCGCGGCCCGCGCCAUGUGGUACAUCAUGCAGAGCAUUCAGAGCAAGUACUCGCUGUCCGAGCGCCUCAUCCGCACCAUCGCCGCCAUCCGCUCCUUCCCUCGGGACAACGUGGAGGAUCUCAUCGGCCGGGGCGCCGAUGUGAACUGCCUGCACGGCACCCUCAAACCCCUGCACUGUGCCUGCAUGGUGGCUGAUGCCGACUGCGUGGAGCUGCUGCUGCAAAAAGGAGCUGAGGUGAAUGCCCUGGAUGGCUACAACCGUACAGCCCUUCACUACGCAGCAGAAAAAGAUGAAACCUGCGUGGAGAUUUUAUUGGAGUACGGAGCCAACCCCAACGCCCUGGACGGCAACAAGGACACGCCGCUGCACUGGGCGGCCUUCAAGAACAACGCCGAGUGCGUGCGGGCCCUGCUGGCCAACGGCGCCCUGGUCAACGCCUUGGACUACAACAACGACACCCCCCUGAGCUGGGCAGCCAUGAAGGGCAACCUGGAGAGCGUCAGCGUCCUGCUGGACUUCGGCGCCGAGGUGCGCGUGGUCAACCUGAAGGGCCAGAGCCCCAUCUCGCGCCUGGUGGCGCUGCUGGUGCGGGGCCUGGGCACGGAGCGGGAGGAUUCCUGCCUGGAUUUGCUGCACAGAGCCACGGGACACUUUGAGCUGCGCAAGAACGGGAGCCUGCCCUGGGAGGUGGCCCGGGACCCGCAGCUGUGCCAGCGGCUGACGCUGCUGUGCUCGGCGCCGGGCACGCUGCAGGCACUGUCGCGCUACGCCGUGCGCCGCUCGCUCGGCCUGCGCUUCCUGCCCCAGGCCGUGCAGCAGCUGCCGCUGCCCGCCUGCCUCAAGGAGUACCUGCUGCUGCUCACCUGAGGGAGGGACACCUGCCCUUCCCCUGGAUCGCCCGCCGCUCACUUUGUGACCUCCCAGGUUCCUCUCCGUGGUUUUUGUUCCCCUCGGCCACCCCGGACCCUGCUGGCACCUCACACUGCCUCCCUUUCAUCCCCCUGUCCCCUCCAUUCCUCCCCGUCCUCUCAUGCUCCCUCCGUUUCCUCCUCUCUGUUCUCUCUGCUUCUCUCCCUGUCCCCCCCUCUUUUACUCUCCUGCCAUGAACAAUAUCCCUCUGAUGGCAAAUUAUAUCCCAGCUGUUGGAUUAAUCUGGUUUUCCCCUUUUUUUGUGUUUUUUUGCCUUCCGAAAAGAAGGUAUUAAAGAAAAAGUCUCUCAGGAAGGAGCCAAGGCAAGAAAUGGUGGGUUGGGGUGCAGAGUAAUCCUGUAGGAUGUGUUGGCUGAAAAUCAAAGAUCCACGUGUUUCUCCAGCA